UAGAAAGCCGACUGUGAGGAAAGGCAUCGCAAGGCUGAGCUUGGUGGCCUCUGGCUCGUCACGUUCCGACCCCAGAUACAUCCGCUUCAUUCGAGGCUUCAGAAAUCCGACUGCAGGGCAGGAGUGCAACCCCAGCCCUCGAAGCCUAGGAAGGCCGGCUCGUACCGCCUUAGAGGAGUCUGGGGGCAGCCCCGCGGCGGGGGCGGUACCGGCGGGCUGUGGCCCCGCCCCCGGGCCGCCAUUGCCGGGCCUGUCGGACCGAGCUGCGCAUCUCCCUCGUCUCCCCUCGCGAGCGGAGCCGGGCGACCGGCCUGACAAGGCUGCCCACAACCCAGCUUGCAUCGCCCCACGGGCCAGGGCCUUUCUGCGCGUGCCCGAGGAGCCUGGCCAGGUGGUUGGACGAACAAGCCGGUGCACCGGUCGCGUCCACCCAGCAGCGAGGACCAAGCACAGGCUCACGCUUGUGUUUUGUUGCCCCCAGAGUGCAGGGUCCCCAAACACUGCACCUGCCGACGACCCCAACCCCGCGGGAGAAGUGGACAUGAGGUUGGCAGGCCCCCUCCGCAUUGUGGCCCUGAUUGUCACCGUGGGCCUCACCUGGAUCGUGGUCAGCAUUCUCCUAGGUGGGCCUGGCAGUGGCUUUCCUCGUAUCCAGCAACUCUUCUCCAGCCCAGAGAACUCAGCGACUGCAGAGCCACGAGCCAGGAAGUACAAAUGCGGCCUGCCCCAGCCAUGUCCCGAGGAGCACCUGGCCUUCCGCAUGGUCAGCGGGGCCGCCAAUGUCAUCGGACCAAAGAUCUGCCUCGAAGACAAGAUGCUCAUGAGCAGUGUCAAGGACAACGUGGGCCGUGGACUGAACAUCGCCCUGGUGAACGGGGUCAGCGGUGAGCUCAUCGAAGCCCGGGCCUUUGACAUGUGGGCAGGAGAUGUCAACGAUCUGCUGAAGUUUAUUCGGCCACUGCAUGAAGGUACCCUGGUGUUUGUGGCAUCGUACGACGACCCAGCCACCAAGAUGAACGAGGAGACCAGGAAGCUUUUCAGUGAUCUGGGCAGCAAGAAUGUGAAGGACCUGGCCUUCCGGGACAGCUGGGUGUUUGUGGGGGCCAAGGGCGUGCAGAACAAGAGCCCCUUUGAGCAGCACGUGAAGAACAGUAAGCACACCAAUAAGUACGAAGGCUGGCCCGAGGCCCUGGAGAUGGAAGGCUGCAUCCCCAGGAGGACGACGGCUGGCUAGCCGGCCGAGCACAGGGACCGGGCUGAGGGGGGCUGCGUGUGCCUGGCCAGGAGAAGGCGGUGGCGGCGCCGGCGUGAGGCUGAGGCCUGACCCCACGCCCAGCCGGGAGUGCUGUCUUGCCCCAACACCUCGGGGCUCCGAAGCGGUGACGGGACCAGGUGUGACCGGUGGGGGGGGGGUCUCUUUGUAAAGCUGCUUCCCCGGGUCAGCCCCGCCUGAUUCCCAAGCACCCAUGGUCACAAGGGCCCCGGGCGCUCGCCCCUUGCUGCGCCAAGUCUGGUAGCAGCUCCGCAGUGGGUCGGGGCAUCUUCCAGAACCUCUCCAUCCCAGAGCCGCUCGCUGCUCUUGGGGCUGAUCCUGUUUCCAGGGUGAUUCCUUCAGAUGAGCCACACCUGGCUGCCUCCUGCGUCGCGCUCUUCGGGAAGGGGCCUCGUCGGAGCCGAGCCAGCCGGGGCACCAAAGUCGCCUGAUCACCGGCCCUGUCGCGGCAGAUGGCGGCUCCCAUGCUUUGUCGGGGGCCCACCUUCCAGAUGACCUCUCAAUAAAUUAGUGGCCCCAGUGGAAUAAAGUGCAUUAAGUGGGGA